CCGUCACCUGCGGACCCGGUUUGUAAACAGUCCGUCAGUAGAGGAGCAGGCAGCUAAUAUAAAAUAAUAUAAUAUUAUAACACACAUUCAAUCUAUUAAUAAUCAUGGAUCAAUAACAGAUAGUUUGAUUAUUAGUUGCAUAUAUAUUUGUCACAGCUUUAUCUUUGUUUCAAGUCUUCAGCCGUCGAAGGGGGACCACCUCAUCUAUAAAGACUUCCGUGGAGAAGCAGGAAGUGACGUCGUCAGUAUUUUCUACGAGAAGGUCACAGCGCUGACCGGAGACCAGCCUCCGGUUGUCAUGAGUCACAAAGAUCUUCACUUCGUCCACAUCAGGCAGGGGGGGCUGUACUGGGUCGCCACGACGACGGCUGACUCCUCCCCCUUCACCAUCAUCGAGUUCCUCAACAGUCUGUCUCAGGAGCUCAGCAGUCCGGAUCAGAGCGCCGAGCUGAAGCUGCAGAGCAGAGCCGUCGACUGGAAGAUCCCUCGCUUCCCCGGAGGAACACAACUGUCUGCUCUGUUCAAGCUGGAGGUCCCCGGCCUCAGCUCGGCCUCCAUGCUGGAGGUCGGUCCGGUCGGCCUGAGCUUCGAGCUGCCCAAGCUCACCGUCACGGGGCUGCAGAUCCGCUUCCUGCGCCUGUCCCCCGUCCAGCCGGGCCCGUCGCAGCGCUGGGUCCGAUACGUCACGCACUCCGACUCCUACACCAUCAGGAUUUAACCCCAGUCACCUCCCGGCCUGACCGCCCAUCAGUUUCAUGAUGGGAGGAAGUAGAUUUCACAAUAAGAUGUACAAACUGUAAAUGUUUUAUUACGUAUCGACUGUAUUUAUUUCUGUUCUCUGCAGAUUUAUUACUCCGCAGGAAGCAACCAGUGUGCUGGUUUUAAUUAGAUGAUCAGUCUCGUGACGUUCUGUAUUUCUCUUCAUGUCUACAAAUCCAUGUUCAGACUUUUCAUUAUUCAUUAUUCAUCUCUCCCCCGUCCGCCAUCACGUAGAAAUGCUGCCGGCUGAGGAACACGAGUGCUGUUUGUAUGUUUGUUAUGUUUGUUAUGAUUAUUGAUCAUUUUAAAAUCAUUCUUUAUGGUCAGAGCUGCCUGUGUGGAGAUCUACACACAGUGUAACAGAAUACAGUCACAUGAUGUGUGUGAUAAAUAAUCUACAGGAUCAUUUAA